GAUUUGAUUACCAGAUGGCAGUUGACAAAUUUUUUUAAUUGUUAAAGCUUUUUGAAUCAGGCCUGAUAAAAACAACUACAUCUAUCCUUCCAAAUACUAUUUAUUGUACUAAUCCAUUUAUUAAAAUCUGUCCUAAAUAUGUCGAGCGACUCUGUUAAAAGCUUUUCAAGCUUAGAAACUCCUGGCUAUGUUGGUUUUGCUAAUCUACCCAAUCAAGUACACAGGAAAUCGGUUAAGAAGGGUUUUGAAUUCACUCUAAUGGUGGUGGGGGAGUCAGGCCUUGGAAAAUCAACCUUAGUCAAUGCCCUCUUCUUAACAGACCUCUACCCAGAAAGGGUAAUCCCAGAUGCCACUGAAAAAAUGGCUCAGACCGUUAAAUUGGAGCCAUCCACUGUUGAAAUUGAAGAAAGGGGUGUUAAGUUGAGAUUAACCGUUGUCGAUACCCCAGGGUAUGGCGAUGCUAUUGAUAACACCGAUUCUUUCUCAGAAAUCAUUAGGUACAUUGAUGAGCAGUUUGAACGAUUUCUACGUGACGAAUCUGGUUUGAACAGAAAGAAUAUCAUCGAUAACAGGGUUCACUGCUGCUUUUAUUUCAUCUCUCCAUUUGGGCACGGAUUGAAACCUUUAGAUGUAGAAUUCAUGAAGCAACUCCAUAACAAAGUAAAUAUUGUUCCUGUUAUUGCAAAAGCUGAUGUUUUAACCAAGAAAGAGAUGACAAGACUGAAGCAAAAAGUAUUAGACGAAAUUAGAGAACAUGGUAUUAGAAUCUAUACACUGCCAGAAUGCGAUUCCGAUGAAGACGAAGAAUACAAAGAACAAGUACGCCAACUGAAAGAGGCUGUACCUUUUGCUGUAUGUGGAGCCAACACUUUGAUGGAGGUUAACAAUCGUAAGGUACGAGGAAGACUCUACCCCUGGGGCGUGGUUGAGGUAGAAAACCCUGAACAUUGCGACUUCAUCAAGCUGAGGUCGAUGCUCAUCACCCACAUGCAGGAUUUACAGGAGUUGACUCAGCAGGUGCAUUACGAGAAUUACAGAUCUGAGCGUUUAGCCAAGGGUGUUCCUCCUCCCAAAAGAAAUACUUUGAUUGAAGAUAAAGCCGGUUCUCUUACGGAAAAAGACAAAAUUUUGCAAGAAAAAGAGGCCGAACUGAAGAGGAUGCAAGAGAUGAUUGCUGCCAUGCAGGCGAAAAUGCAGAUGCAAAAAUGAAAGUGCCAUAAGUCGGUGAGGUGAUUAGAGUAGCGUUGCAUAUCCCGAAAUCCUAAAGAUUUAUACGCAAUGUACUUAUAAAUAAGAAUUUUACGAUUAUCUAUUAGAUCUGAAAUUGCUGAAUCUCUAUUUAGUCCAUUUUCAGUUUUAAUUUAAUUUGAAUUAUUUGAAAUGCUAUGACAUUUUGAUAUUUUUAUAUCUUGGAAUAUUUUAAGAGUUUUUUAAGUGCAUUAAUCUAUCUAGACAUAUUUUUUACUACUGCAUAGUUGAAAUAUUUUUUAUAUAAUUGAAAAAUUAAAUAUAUUUAAAGUAUUA